AUAAUUAAUAAAAUGGUUCUUACAUUUGGAUCAAUUUGAUCAGCUCCUUUGCUUCUUCAUGUGUUUAAAUACUUUGGCCACAUGGAUCAAGUAUAUCUGAUUCUGUCUCAGUUAAAUAAAUCCACAAAUAGGAUUAUCAAAGCUUAUGAACCCUGCUUUCUGCUGGAAUGAUCAAAGAAGCCUCUUAUCUGCUACCUAUACCGUCGAAGAAACUUAAAGAAGUAUUUAUCUCAGCCUCAUAUGAGAUUCUUUGAAAUCAAGAUUAAAAUUCAUCAUCGCAAACAAGCUAUCAAUCUAAAGACUCUUUGUGUGAGUCUGAGGAAAAGAGAAAUGAAAGAUAUCAAGAUAAACAGAACUUCUGUUGACCCUCUGAAUCCUGACAAAAUGUGCAAUCCUCUCUUGCAGCUUACUGUUGUAAAAGGAAGAAUUCGAAAAUUGUUAGAGAAAAAGAAGUCUGGGAAGCUUUGUGAUAAAGAUCAAUUUGAACUCAACAAAUUGACGGGUGCAGAAGCUGAGUUACAAGGAAAGAACUAUAUUAGAUACCUAAAUAUAAAUUCUAUUGUUUUUGGGAUUUCAAAUGAUAUUAAUAUUGUCUCUUUCCUUAAAAAGACGAAACCUGAGCUUUUUGAAUACCCUUAUCUAAAAGUGACUACAUCUUCAGAAGUUGAGGCUCGAAGCGAUUUCUUGGCAGACUUCAAAAUAAAUUCAAUACAUUAUCAAAAGAGCAGGUGUAUUCUCACUCAACCUAAACUUGAUCAAUGCAAGUUCUCUUAUCUCAUAUUUCAUCAUCAAAGAUGAAAUGGAUUUCUCAGACUUCACUACAACGAUCAGAAACUUCCCAAACAUUCUAGAAGACACUGAAGUAUUAGACAUGUUCUUCUCUAAAUAACUCAGAUCCAAUCUACAAAUGGGAGGCUUUCUUCUAUGAAAUCCUGAGGAAUCCUGAUCUAGUCUUUGCGAAGAAACUUAAGAUCAUCAACAUGGAAUUUAUUUGUAACACAGGGCUGCUAGCUCUCUUGGAGACCCUUUGUGGUACAGGCUUUGAGAAGGUGAAGCAGGUCUACCCUGAUUUCCAUGGGCUAGAGCUUUACCCUCCAAUUGAUGAAGAUUUAGAGAGGGAAGCCAUAACUCUUCCAGUAAGAAAGAUUAGUAGAAGUGAGGAUAACAGUAUGAAGAUUUUUAACAAAAUUUCGGUGUUUUUGAAGCAAGAUGAGAUAUAUCAGUUUGAUAUAUGUUUCCAAUCACCUGGCAUUUUGAAAUGUGAUAGGAUUUUAGCAAAAGAUGAGGAAAAUUACUAUUUUGGAGAGGUAUUUAAGUGUUCUCUUGAGCAAAUCACUUCGAUUGAUAAAAUACCAAUUGACACCUUUAAUGGAAAAAUCGCUUAUGACGCUUUGCUAUCUGAAGACAUGACUGUCAUUUCAGUGCAUAAAAUGGAUUUGCUAGGUUUGAAAAAGCAGAUAAAGUCAUUCCAACCAUCAUUUUAAUUCCA